GCCCGAUGGAUUGGAGAGGGACGGCGUCAGCUUGGAAGAAUGUUCUCUGGCAACUUACCUGGUGCUGCUUGGUCCGACAGUUAGUUGAGUCGGAUCGUUCCUCAGGAAAGGUGAUUUUUGUUGAGGCACCUCUUUUUAACAAGCCCACGUUUUUCACGUGUCGCGAGAGAGAGAGAGAGAGAGAGAGAGAGAGAGAGAAAAAAUUGCCCAACUAUUAAAUGCUUUUGGUAAUUGACUCACGUGACAAUAAUUGUUUUAAUAUUACGCGCGAAUACCUUUCCUGAAAUUAUUUUAAUCGAGUAUCGAUAUAGCCGUGUGUUAUUUGUGUGUGCGGUAUUUUCGGUUUCUUCUCUUUUAAUAUACCUUGUUGUAGUCCUGGACCAUAAUCCCUGUGCCUUAUAUAUUGGAUACAAGUGCCACAUCUUGUGAUAAAGAUUAUUUUCUCUUUUCUUGUUACAGUUGUUUGUAACUUUGGUGAAUUAGUGUUCUUUGAAAAUUGUGUUGUGCACUCGACAAGUUGUCCAAGUGGAAUAGAAGUGGUACCCAAGGACUAGCAACAUCGCAAGGUGGCGAAGGGACAUUGAUCCUGACGUGCAUCAUCGACGAAUGUGAUUGGAUAGAAUACACGGAGAGGAAUGACAUACGUAACGUGUGGUAGCUUGUGAAAACACAGAGGGCGGAAGAAGCGAUAUCCCUACCUGGAAAAUUCUUAUCUUUCUUUAUACUGGUGGGCGAAUCAUGUGAGAACAAUAGCUCUACUGUUGAGAAGUUCGAAAAGAGACUUGAACAACAUCUUGAGCGAAGGAUUGAAGACGCUUCUCGCGAGGCGCGGCUCUCGGUCAGUGCCCCCUCUCUACCCGAGAAUUCUCGUGCCGUGUUUACUUGAAUUUUAAGAGCGAUAAAGAGUCUGGUCUCUGCCGAUUAUCGCGAAUUCGAUCUGGUCAUAUACGAAGUGCAACAAGAGUGGAGAAAAAUUUUCAAGAUGCUUCGACGCGAGGAAACAUACAAUGUUUAUUCGCGUUAAAUAAUUGGAAUGAAAUGGUGCUUUUAACGUGAAUGAAAAAAGUGAAAUGAGGGAUCAAUCGAAAAUGAGGAAAAAUUGCAACAGGUAGCAUACGCUUAUGCUACACACGCGAGUGAAGGAGGAGGAGGGAUAGUGAAUUGUAGACAAAAAAGGGGGGCGAAGGGUUUCAAGAGAUGCCCUUGAGUAAAUUUGCAAUUUUGGCCCUGGUCCUGGGCCUACUCUCGACGGACCAAAAUGGCGGACGAGCGGACAGUGUGGAGAAUAACCUACCUCAAAAGGUCGCAAGAUUGGUGCCUCGAAGGUCGCCAAUGCUGCCCCAGGAUGGUGCUAAUAUGGGUUUGGUUAUGCAGAGCAGAGCGGUGGAUACGAGGGUUCAGUUGGAGGUGAAGGAGGGAGAACCAAAAGGGACUUUGGUGGGCACGAUACCAGUGAAGCCCGGUUUCACGUACCGUUUUAAUGAACCACCGCAAGAGUUCACCUUGGAUCCAGUAACGGGUAAAAUUAAAACAGCGAUAGUACUAGAUCGGGAAUCUCUAGGUAGUGACAGAUUCGACCUCGUCGUGCUCUCGAGUCAGCCGACUUACCCCAUAGAAGUGCGGAUCCUUGUACUUGACAUCAAUGACAACAAUCCCGAAUUUCCCGAGUCGAGUAUCGCUGUAAGCUUCUCGGAAUCUGCAGCCGCUGGGACAAAGCUUUUGUUGGAUGCUGCCUCGGACAAAGAUACCCCUGAGAAUGGUGUCGUUGACGAUUAUUUUAUCGUUGACGGUAACACAGACGGGAAGUUUCGGCUUUCUGUCACGGGUAAUCCAACCGGGGAGACGACCUAUCUUCACUUGGAAACCACAGGAAAAUUAGAUAGAGAGCAGGUCGAGUUUUAUUCUUUAAAUGUUUGUGCCCGGGACAGAGGACGUCCGCCGCGAUUGGGUUACCUUUUAGUGAACGUGACAGUAUUGGACGUCAAUGACAAUCCACCGGUAUUUCAACAAAGCGAUUAUGUUGUCGCGCUGAACGAAAGUGCUCCGGUUGGAACCAAGGUGCUCACCGUGCACGCCACCGACAAAGAUUCCGAUGAUAAUUCGAAGCUGACGUACUAUCUUCCAGAUAUGGAGAGGCAAUUUACGAUAGACCCUGAAACGGGUACAAUUACAACAGCCGAAGCCUUGGAUUGUCCUCAGCAGAGUUGCACGAUUGCUCGACCGGGUAGCACUUGUCCUAAAAGUUGUGUUAUAACGGUUUUCGCCCGAGAUCAUGGUUCACCGAGGCAGGACGGACGAACUUACGUCACAGUGAACCUAUUAGAUGCAAACGAUCACGAUCCGGAGAUAAGAUUCAGUUAUUUUCCCGCCAUCGCGGGUUUCGCAACUGUCGAUGAAAAUGCUAUUAAAGAUUCAAUAGUGGCUGCUGUUACCGUAAUUGACAAUGACGAGGGACUCAAUGGUGAAACUAUCGUCGAAAUUCGAGCGGGCAAUGAAUUGGGUCAUUUUCGACUCGGUCAUAAUGCACAAAACUUUCAUAUUGUUCGGGUAAACGGACGAUUGGAUAGAGAGGAAAUUCCAAAGUAUAACUUGACCAUUGUCGCCACUGAUAAAGGUACACCACCGCGAUCGGCAACAGCUUAUCUCGUGAUCCACGUUAACGACGUCAACGAUCACGAACCGGUAUUCCAGCAAAGUGAAUAUUCAGCUGUUUUAUCAGAACUAUCUCCCAUUGGCAGUUUUGUGGCAAGUAUUUCCGCAACCGAUGCAGAUUCCGGGCUCAAUGCAAGAAUCUAUUACGACUUCGACUCAGGUAACGAACAAGGCUGGUUUGCCAUUGAUCAAGAUACUGGUUUAGUCACUACGAUCGCGACUUUAGAUAGAGAAAUACAAGGUAGUGUGGAAUCACGCGUUUCCGCUCGGGAUGGUGGUCCAAAUCCAAAAUAUGUUUCAACUCAUUUGCGAGUCACCAUUUUAGACGAGAAUGACGAGGCACCAAAAUUCUCGCAAAGCGUCGUCGAAGUACACCUCUCGGAAAAUAUACCAUCUCACAGUUUAGUCGCUACUUUAUCAGCAGUCGAUAACGAUCAAGGAACUAACGGAAGUGUAGCUUACAGUCUUCAUCCCAGUAUAUUAAUAGAACAUCCGAAGACUUUUGCCCUGGACGCUUUAACAGGUCAGUUGACAACAAAAACAAAUUUAGAUCGUGAAACAACGGGGAGUUAUAAAAUUUUAGUAAUUGCAAAAGAUCAGGGUAAUCCACCGCAGUCAUCGACUGCAACAGUGCUUCUAACUUUAGAUGACGUCAAUGACAAUGCACCCGUUUUCUAUCCACGAACUUAUCUGAUGCCAGUGCCAGAAGACGCUUUACCAGGAACUUCUAUUGGAAAAGUAAUGGCGACCGAUGCAGAUACCAGAGAAAAUGCUCAAAUAAAGUACACGCUGGAAUCCGGAGGCGAAGGUCUUUUUGUUGUCGAUGAAAGAACUGGUGAAAUUAUUUUGCAGGGAUCAUUGAGAGCCGCUCACAAAAUUCUCUACGAAUUAACAAUAUCGGCAAGUGAUUCUGGAGACAAAACCGCAGUCAAAAAUGCGGUUGUCGAAAUCUUAAGGGAAGAAGAUCUCGAGCAUUUGGAAUUUGAUACUUACAACGGCUAUGAGUUUCGUAUAACAGAGGACAGAGGUGAGUGCAACGAAAUAUCGUCGGGUUUCGGCAGAGAAGUAGGAAGUAUACAAAUAGCACAGUACAGCAAUUCGAAAGUGUCGUAUUCUAUUAUUUUUGGUGAUUCGAAGGGAAAUUUUAAAAUUGAUGAAAAUUCGGGUUUAAUUACAACAGCUGGUUGUCUCGAUCGUGAACAAGUGGCUUAUUAUAGUUUGCAAGUUGCUGCUCGAGCGGGAUUAGCACAUGGUAUAACAGCUGUAAAUAUAACUGUUCUUGAUAUCAACGAUAAUUCCCCGAAAUUUCCGAAGGGCGACAGAGAUGAAGUUUUCUUAAAAGAAAAUGCCGCGGUGGGUCAAGAAAUUUGUUUAGCACGAGCCAAGGAUCGAGAUGCAGGAGCCAAUGCACGAGUCACAUAUUCAUUGACAUACAAUCCGGGAGACCAAUUUCGAGUUGCAGAAAAUACUGGAAUAAUUUAUUUGGACAGACCCGUGAGAUCUCCUCCGGGUACGGUAUUACAGUUAGAAGUAACAGCAAUGGAUUCUGGAAAUCCACCCCUUUCUGCCCAGCAGCAGGUGCGAGUGACUAUCGAGGAUGUUAAUGAUCAUACACCGGUUUUCAAGUUGACGAGUUACGAAACCUCCUUGCCCGAAUCCACUCCCGUCAACGAGCGAUUUUUUGCCCUCGUCGCAUCGGAUGUUGAUAUUGGUGCUAAUGGAAGAGUGCUCUACAGUGUGACUGAUGGCAACACGGAAGGUCGCUUUGGAAUAUUUCCCGAUGGCAAACUCUAUGUGAAGAACGCUUUGGACAGAGAGGAACAAGAUUACUACGCUCUCGAGGUAACAGCCAGCGACCAAGGUAAUCCGAGUAGAAGUUCCAUUGUCCCGGUUGUUGUCCACAUUAUCGAUGAGAACGACAAUGCUCCACAAUUUGUAAAUUCUAAUUUCACGUUUCAACUUCGAGAAAAUGAACCACCUGAUACGUUCGUAGGAAAAUUGCAGGCAACAGAUCGUGACGUUGGUCGAAAUGCAGAUUUAACAUUUUCCCUUCCAUCCACUCAACAGGACUUUACUGUUGACCCAAGAAAUGGUUUUAUUAAGUCCCUCCAUGUUUUCGAUCGUGAGCAAUUGGUUGCCAACACUGGGGGAAGUUACAUCACCCUCGAGGCUACUGUUACCGACAAUGGACUAAACCGACUAAGAGACAGGGUUAAGGUCACCGUAUACAUUACCGACGUUAAUGACAAUACUCCCAAGUUUCUGAGAUUGCCCUACCGGGUUCAAGUGAGCGAAGGUGCGGCCGUAGGAAUGCAACUAUUACGAGUCUACACUUCGGAUGCGGACGAGAGUUUGAACGGAGACGUUUUCUACUCCCUGGAAGACGGUAAUCAACAGGGUCGUUUUAUGAUCGACGAAGCGACAGGACAAAUUUCCUUAGCCAAGACACUUGAUCGGGAGACACUAGACGUUUACCAUCUUACAGUAGUGGCUCACGAUGCGAGUAUGGAAAUGAGACUUUCUUCCAGUGCUUUAGUGCAGGUCGAGGUUCUCGACGAAAAUGACAAUACCCCCAUCUUCGUGGACAAUAAAUCCGAGAUUUCCGUUCCAGAAACCACACCAAUAAAUACCGAGUUUCUCCGAUUUAAAGCGACUGACAGUGAUUUAGGACCGAAUAGUGAAUUGACCUUUGCCAUAACUGCGGGAAAUAGGAAGGACACUUUUCAGAUUGACCCCUUAACGGGAGCUUUGUACUUGAGAAAGCCAUUGGACUAUGAGGAUCUGGUGAGUUAUACAUUGAAUAUUACGUGUAGUGAUGCGGGACAUCCGAGAUUGAGUAGUGUGACGACACUGCGAGUGAAUGUCAUCGAUACAAAUGACAAUCCACCGGCAUUUCCAAAUACCGCAAUUGUCCGUCAAAUACACGAAGGAGUUGCGGUUCACGGUCCAAUACAUACAGUGACGGCCGAGGACCCCGAUUCCGGGGAGAACGGUAUCGUUAGUUACGCAAUCGCCUAUCAAGAGCCCGAGGAUCAAAAGCGUCGCUUUGGAAUAAACCCCUCGACUGGCGUGAUUCACACACUGUUGCCAAUCGACAGAGAGGAAAUUGAUACGUUCAAAUUGACAGUUGUUGCGACCGAUAGAGCGCAACCGCCUUCCGCGAGACUUUCAGCGGAGAAAUUGGUCAUUGUUAUUGUUCUCGAUGUGAAUGAUAAUGCCCCGAUAUUUGUGAGUAUGUCAGCUGCAUUGUUGCCUUUGAAAGGUGGUUUGAAUUAUAAACCCGGAAAAGAAAUUGCCGUGGCGCAUUUGCAUGCGAAGGAUUUGGACUCGAGCACAAAUGGAUUGGUGACGUAUGAAUUGCUGAGGCAGGGUGUUAAUUACUCGGAUAUGUUCAGAAUUCACAGGAGUUCCGGUUUGCUGACAAUGAAAUUGCCGAGUUCCUUGAAGGGCUUUGAGCGGGCUUCGAGGUAUCAGGUGGGAGUGCGCGCCACUGAUGAAUCAGUGCAGGCCGAGAGGAGAUCUUCCGAAACGUACAUAACUUUGAUCCUGCCGGGUGAGAAUGACGACCCACCGGUGUGGGAGCACAACAGUCAAAUGGAGGGUAGUGUUUACGAGAAUGAAGCGGCGGGUGCGAGUAUUUUACGAGUGAGUGCGCGAACCAGAAGAUCGAAUGUCGAAUUAGAGUAUUACGUGACGAAUGUGACUGCCGGCAGUGGUGGACCUCAGGUAGAAAGAUUGUUCGACGUGGACACGAAAACAGGUGUUCUAUCAACGGCAGCGGUGCUUGACAGGGAGGCUGGAGUCCAGUGGUACGAGGUCGAAGUGUACGCCAUCGUCAUAGGAGGCAGCAGACCCAACAUCGCUUCAACUAAGGUGCGUGUGACAGUACUGGACAAGAACGAUGUGGCGCCCACCUGGGGAGCAGAGCCUUGGAGAUUCGAAGUUUCCGAAGAAGCACCGCCAAAUACAAUUGUCACGGUAUUGAAAGCGCACGACCCCGACACAAUUGGCACCCUCACCUACACUCUGGUACCAAAUAGAAAAACCGAUAAUGUAGAAAAUAACAAUUUACUGCAAAACAAAGUCGACAGUCCCUUUAAACUCGAUCCAACGACUGGUCAACUUCGUUUGGCGGAAGCGCUCGACCGAGAGACAAAAGAUAAAUAUAUUCUUCGGGCUCGUGCUGACGAUGGAGUGCAACACACGGAUAUCACCUUAACCAUUGUGGUUACUGACACAAAUGACAAUGCGCCGGUAUUUCAAGCGAUGGCCUAUUCCUUCGAUGUUCCGGAAAAUGUGCCAAGAGGAAGUCGUGUUGGUCAGGUCAUUGCAACGGAUGCAGAUGCCGAAGGUUUGAACAGUCAAUUAAGUUACGCCUUGAUUUCCGAUUGGGCUAACGACGUGUUCUCCCUGAAUCCAAACACCGGAGUAUUCACGCUUACAGCAAGUCUCGACUACGAACAGGUUCAGCAUUACAUUCUCGUUGUCCAAGCAACUGAUGGUGGAAUUCCUGCUCUGUCAUCCACAGUCACGGUCUACUGUAACGUGGUGGACCUCAACGACAAUGCACCAAUUUUUGAACCAGGUCCCUAUGCCACUGAAGUUUUGGAGAACGCCACCAUUGGUACCGCGGUGUUAUCGGCGACUGCUCAAGAUUUGGAUUCAUCGGACAAUGGAAAAGUUGUCUAUUCAAUUGUGAGUGGCGACGAGGACAAUGACUUUGAAAUUGCACCAAAUGGAACUGUUUACACGAGGAAAUUAUUAGAUCGAGAGAGAAAAUCUCUUUAUAGUUUGAUACUGAGGGCCAGCGAUAGUCCACCGUCUCCUGCUCGAGCCCUGUCGUCAACUGUGCAGGUAACAAUCGUUCUUCUCGAUGUAAACGACCUCGCACCGGAAUUCAUCUCACCGAAUCAGACAACAAUAAUCGAGAAUGCACCCUCGAAUACGGUGGUGAUGGCCAUUAAGGCCGUCGAUCGUGACGAAGGUCGAAACGGUUAUGUUGAAUAUUCCCUGGAAGAAAAUGGAUUUCCAUUCACUUUGGGAACAGUUGACGGACUACUGCGAGUCUCGGGUCCCUUGGAUCGGGAACACAAACCGAAUUACACCCUUCAAGUCUCGGCUCGAGAUCGAGGAGAUCCUCCAAAAUCGUCCUCGACAAAAGUCACAGUAGUCGUUCUCGACGAAAAUGAUAAUUCUCCGAUUUUCGAUCCCAGACAAUAUUCCGCUACUGUGGCUGAAAAUGCGAGUAUUGGUGCCAGCGUCCUUCAGGUUUCAGCAACAGAUCGAGAUGAAGGUGCAAAUGGCAGAGUUCGCUACAGUAUUGUGCUUGGUGAUGACAACCGUGAUUUUACAAUCUCAGAAGAUGGUGGAGUGAUUCGUGUGGCGAAGAAUUUAAAUUUCGAACGAAAGUCGAGAUAUCGUCUUACAGUUCGAGCUGAAGAUUGUUCACCGGAAAUUGGAGGAAUCUCAAGGGACGAUACAUCAGAAGUAAUCAUCACUGUCUUGGAUAUUAAUGACAAUGCGCCCGUUUUCCUCGACUCUCCCUAUUUGGCUCAUGUUAUGGAGAAUUUGGUGCCGCCCGGCGGAGGAUUUGUUAUCCAGGUUCAAGCGUACGACGCCGAUACUCCGCCAUACAAUGAUCAGGUCCGCUAUUUCCUGAAAGAAGGUGACACUGAUCUUUUCAGAAUCAAUGCCAGUACUGGAGAUAUUUUUCUACUUCGACCAUUGGACCGGGAAUUAGUGUCAGAAUAUACCUUGACCCUCGUCGCUAUGGAUACCGGUUCGCCUCCUUUGACUGGCACAGGAAUUGUUAGAAUCGUCGUUCUUGAUGUUAAUGAUCACAGUCCGGAAUUCACUCGACAGGAAUAUAAAGCUUCCGUCACUGAGAAUUCGCCGAUUGGUACCUGGGUCGCGAAUCCUGUCGCCACCGAUAAGGACGAAGGACUCAAUGCUAAAAUAAGGUACAGUUUGUUAGGAGACAAGGCAGAAAAAUUUUCAGUGAAUCCCGGCACAGGAGAGAUAGUAACAGUGGAACCUCUCGACAGAGAACAGACAGCCGUUUACCACUUGACGUUGGUGGCUCAGGACUCCAGUCCAACGGAGCCAAGUGCAUCUGCUGUCAAUCUGACAAUUUCUGUUACGGACUUGAACGAUAAUGCUCCUCGAUUUUCUAGCCCGAGAUACACUGCCUAUGUACCGGAAGGCACCAAGCAUGGAGACUUUGUCUUUGGAUCGAAAGCAAUUGACGACGACGAUGGUGAAAAUUCUAGAAUUGUUUAUCGCCUUCAGGGUGAAGAUGCAAAACGUUUUAUAAUCGAUCCAAAUAAUGGAGUUAUUAGAGCAUCGCAAGAAUUAUCGAGAAGCGAAGGGACAUACCAGCUGCAAAUUCAGGCUUCCGAUUGUGGCGUUGAACCACAAACGGUUACAGCGGACUUGAUGAUUCACUUGUGGGACAAAAAGCUGUUUCCCAGUUUUCGACCUUCAAUUAACACGAGAUUCACUUUGCCAGAAGAUGUCCCCGAGGGUAGAAUCAUCACAACACUCAGCGCGACAACUCCAACUUCCGGUGCUGGGAGCAAUUUAAUUUUCGGAAUGGCUGGAGGAAAUGUUGGUGACGCUCUUAAAAUUGAGCCUCACACUGGAGAAGUUCUGGUUGCUUCUGGUUUUGAUUACGAAACUGCUCCAUAUUAUGAGGCUUGGGUUGAAGUUCGCGAUUCUGGAAAUCCACCGCUGCGGAGUGUGGUUCAAUUAUUAGUAAAUGUGACAGAUGCCAAUGAUAAUGCGCCAGUAAUUGAUUCUAUGCUUUAUAACGCGACAGUACCUGAAGAUGACUACCCGCCGCAAUUUGUAACUAAAAUCUCAGCCAAGGACUCAGACUCUGGAGAAAAUGGACAGAUCACUUAUCAUCUAGUUAAUGAUUUUGAUGGAGCGUUUGUUAUCGAUGAGAAUUCUGGAGAAAUUACCACUGACACUAAAUUGGAUCGAGAAGAGAUAUCGUCUUAUGAACUAAUUGUGGAGGCUAAGGAUCAGGGUCAACCUAGAUUGACCGGUACAGCUACAGUUCUUAUUACUGUCCUUGAUAAAAAUGACAACCCUCCCCGUUUCACGAGAUUAUUCAGCGUCAAUGUCACUGAAAAUGCCGAAAUCGGAGCAUUUGUAAUUAAAAUUACAAGCAGUGAUCAGGACAUUGAUCAAAAUGCAAAUGUCACUUAUAGUUUCACGGAGAAUCCUGGUGAAAAAUUUGCGAUUGAUCCGUUGAGUGGAAACGUUACAGUAAUUGGACACUUGGAUAGGGAGGAACAGGACGAGUAUCUUCUCAAGGUCGCUGCAGCAGACGGUGCUUGGGGUGCGGAAACACCAUUAACAAUUACUAUUCAAGACCAGAAUGAUAAUGCGCCAGAAUUUGUUGAAGAAUCGUACCACUUUCACUUCCCAGAACUCCAACAACGAAUGGCCCACGUUGGAGAGGUGACAGCCACCGACAGAGAUAAACAAGGUCCCAAUUCCGUCAUAUCAUACAGUCUUCUCCAACCGUCCGAUCUUUUCACAGUAGAUCCUGCAACCGGAGACAUUUUCAGUAAACGAACCUUGAAAUAUAAACAUACUCACAGACCGUCAUCGCCAGAAAAUCUUUUCUCCCUAACUGUCAUCGCUACAGACAAUGGAAAACCUCCCAUGUCCUCGAAAACACUAGUCUACAUCAAUAUUGUCGAUGCAAACAAUAAUCCACCAAAGUUUGAACAUAGAUCUUACUUGACUCCAGUGCCAGAAAAUUUCUCCAUGGGUAAACAGCUCAUGCAGUUGAUAGCUACUGACGAAACCGACUUUGGAGUUAAUGCAGAAAUUGAAUACUCAAUCGCAACUGGAAACGGUAGUGAAUAUUUCGAAAUAGACGAGAAAUCAGGUUGGAUUUAUGUCCGAAAGCCUUUGAGUAAUCUAAAACCGGGCACCACUUUCGUUUUACAAGCCCAAGCUGUGGACAGAGGUGUUCCUCCUCAGAAAGAUCAAGUGCCACUGACCUUGGUGAUAACUGGGGAAAAUCGUCACGCUCCCACCUUCGAAGCCGUUAGUUAUCAAGUUCGAGUGCCUGAGAAUGAACCAGUGAAUACUACAAUUUUGACCGUGAGUGCUGUCGAUGGUGACGCUGGACCUAAUGGAAUGGUUCGUUAUAAGAUAUCAGCUGGAAAUGAACGACAAGAAUUUUCUAUUCAUCCCGUCACUGGAGUGGUGACCCUUUUGGAACCAUUAGACUACGAUACUAUUCAAGAAUAUCGUCUGAACAUCACGGCAACAGAUUUAGCUUUCGAAUCAAAACGAGCAAUUGCAACCCUAACCAUUAACGUCUCUGAUAUUAACGACAAUCACCCAACAUUCAAUCAAAGUGUCUACAAAGCUUAUCUUCCAGAAAAUUCACCGCCAAAUAAUUUUGUCUAUAAAGUUGCCGCCAAAGAUAUUGACUCUCCAAAGUAUUCAGUGAUUCAGUACAAGAUUCUCGGUGGCAGUGGUAAAGAUUAUUUUCAAAUUCAACAAGACACAGGAACAAUUACCGCGAAAGUCAGUUUUGAUUAUGAAGAAGCUAAUGAAUAUACUCUGGAUAUAGUUGCCGCUAAUCCUGACACGAGUCCACAAAUGGUGGGAGUGACAACUGUCAUGAUUUACAUCACGGGUGUUAAUGAAUUUUAUCCCAAGUUCGUUCAACCAGUUUUUCAUAUGGAUGUCUCGGAAAGUGCACAAGUGGGAACUUCGGUGGGACUCGUUCAAGCGACUGAUCAAGACGCUGGUAACGAUGGACGGGUUUAUUACCUUUUUGUGGGAUCGUCGAAUGAUAAAGGAUUUACGAUCGGAUCAGAGACGGGAAUGAUCAGUGUUUCGAGAAGAUUGGAUAGGGAGACGCAGAAUCGAGUGGUGUUGACUGUGAUGGCAAAGAAUAGUGGUGGAAUCCGAGGGAAUGAUACCGAUGAAGCUCAAGUUGUUAUUUCUAUUCAGGACGGUAACGAUCCACCGGAAUUUCUACAGAGUGUUUAUGACGCAAAUGUUUCCGAGGGUGCCGCAUUGGGAAUGAGAGUAUUGACAGUUCGAGCGGUCGACAAGGACGUCAGGCCGCAGAAUAAUCAGUUUUCCUACUCAAUCAUCGGUGGCAACGUGGGCCAAGCAUUCAAGGUCGAUCCGCAAACUGGCGACAUCGAGACUGCGAAACAACUAGACCGUGAAACUGUGCCCACGUACGAGCUGAUAAUCGGCGCCAUAGACACGGGAUCGCCGCCACAAACCGGCACUGCGACAGUUCGAAUCGAGCUCUUGGAUAUUAAUGAUAACGGACCGGAUUUCGCUUCCAGCGAAGUGGUCGGUUACGUUAGUGAGAAUGAACCGGCUGGCACGAUUAUCAUGACUCUAACAGCCACGGACCCUGAUUUGCCACCGAAUGGCGCUCCAUUCUCUUACAGAUUGAUUGGAGGCAGACAAAACGAUUUGGUCAGCUUGGAUAAACAUUCCGGUGUCCUUCGAACAACCAAGAGUCUCGAUAGAGAAACAACCCAACAACUUGAUCUCGUGGUUGAAGUGGAAGAUUCCGGUUUGCCAAGAAUGAAAAAUGAGCACACAAUAUCGAUAAUUGUUCAAGAUCAAAAUGAUUGCCCUUCAACUCCACGAUCUGUUCAUGUGAUAGUUCAUUCCUACAAUGGUUUGAGUCCAUUGGGAAAAAUCGCCGACGUCCAUCCAAAUGAUCCCGAUACCACUGGCGACUACUCUUGCAAAAUAUUGCACGGUUCCAGCUCCGGUGUGCUCAAUAUACCGGUCGGUUGUGAUUUGCAUACCAGCAAAAUUACGCCAGGUUUCGGAUAUUCUUUAAGUAUUUCUGGAAACGAUGGCCGACAUCCCGAUGUAAUAUCAAAAGUGACAGUGGAUUUUACAACGUUCACAAACGACACUGUCGAAAAUAGCGUUGCGUUGCAAAUUUCGAAAAUGUCUGCAAGUGAAUUUUUGAGUAAACACUAUCGAGCCUUCAGAGACACCCUCCAGGAGAAUGUGAAUGUUGGCGACACUAUAUCAAUUUACAGCAUUAACGAAAACAAAGGCAAUCUCGAUAUUUAUUUGGCAAUCGCAACUCCUCAAGGUUAUCUUCGAAAAUAUGAAGUAAUUGAAUUGUUGACCCGCAAGCACAAUCAAAUUCAAAGUCUACUGGAAAAUAAUUCAAUUACUAUUGGAUAUUCACCUUGUAAAUUCUCAUCAUGCGACAAUGGCGGAAUAUGCAGUGAUCGAAUUGUUGUCUAUGAAGACGCACGAAUCACUGAUAGUCAAACUUUAAUUUUAACAUCGCCAAAAAUAAUACAAGAAAUGGUUUGCCAAUGCCGCGACGGUUUCACUGGUGAAAGAUGCGAAAAGAAACAAGAUCCCUGCUCUCCAAAUCCAUGUCAGUUGGGUGGUCAAUGUCGUAGAUUGGGAUACGAUUUUCACUGCACGUGUCCUCUUGAUCGAGAAGGAAAGUUCUGUGAAUUGGAGAGAGGAGAUUUCUGUGCCAGUAAUCCUUGCAGGAAUGGUGGCUCUUGCAAAGAAAGUCCCGACGGUUCAAGUUUCUUCUGUCUCUGUAGGGCCGGAUACAGGGGGAACCAUUGCGAAUCCAUCGCUGAUUCUUGUAGACCAAAUCCUUGUUUGCAUGGAGGUCUUUGCGUUGGAGAGAAACCAGGAUAUCGGUGCAGUUGCCCUGACGGUCGUUAUGGAAGACAUUGUGAAAAGUCAACCUUUGGAUUUGAAGAACUGUCCUAUAUGUCUUUCCCAGCACUGGACUCGAAUACAAAUGAUAUAACGAUUGUUUUUGCAACAACCAAACCUGACGCUCUCUUGUUGUACAACUACGGACCGCAAAGUGCAGGACGCUCAGAUUUUGUUGUUCUGGAGUUGAUUAAUGGUAGAGUGGUCUUUUCCUACGGAGGAGCGAGAAGUGCAAUUACCUCCAUUUCAAUCAAAAAUGGAAAAUCCUUAGCCGAUGGAGGAUGGCGUAAAAUUACGGCAACGAGAAAUGGAAGAGUUGUCUCUCUGAGUGUCUCCAAAUGCAAGGAACAUGGUGAUGUUUGUGAUGAUUGUAAACCUGGCGAUGGAAUGUGCUAUACAGAUGACAUUGGACCAACAGGAACAUUAAAUUUCAACAACAAUCCUUUGAUGCUUGGUGGAUUGGCGAGUAUCGAUCCUCUUUUGGAAAGACCAGGACAAGUGCAUUCGGAUGAUUUAGUUGGUUGUAUACAUUCUGUAUCGAUAAAUGGAAGAGCGUUGAAUCUUACGAAUCCGUUAUCGUCUCGAGGGGUGAAGUCAACUUGUGGAAGAUCUGAGGGAAGUCCUUGCGCUGCAAACAAGCAGGACUUUAAUACUGUAUGUGGCUCCGGGAAAUGUUACGAUAAAUGGAACCAAGUUUCUUGUCAGUGUGGAAGCGUAACGGCUCCUAAUUGUCAUGGGGCUUUGGAACCAGUCAACUUGAGCGAAGGAGGAUAUGUUGAAUUUAAAAUUUCGGAAAGACAUCGUAGAAUGCAAUUACUUGAAUAUUUGUACGGUGGCUCUACAUUAUGGCACAAUCAUCGUACUGCAAGAUCUACAAGUGGAGAUUCCUUUUUCAUCUCUAAUCCAGCUCCCGCAAAAAUGAUAAGUUUAAUGUUUAGGACAGUGAAGCCAGACGGAGUUCUAAUUUAUGCGGCUACUAAUAAACACUUCACUUCUGUAGAGUUGAGUAACGGACAUAUAAUAUACGCCUCCAUGAUCGGAUCCCCUGUGAAUAUGACAGGAAGCAUUGAAGGCAGUCUGGCGGACGGGCGAUGGCACAAUUUGACACUUCACGCUCAUUCGAGAGGUUUGAAGCUCUUCAUCGAUGGAAACCUGGCAGGUGAUGAAUUGGAUUCAGCAGGAGUCCACGACUUUUUGGAUCCAUAUUUGUCAAUUCUCACCAUUGGAGGAAUCAGAAGAGAUCUUUAUUACGUUCACAACAAUCAAGGACCCAAUAGUUUUGAAGGUUGUUUGGCAAAUUUCACAAUCAACGGAGAACUUCAGCCAUUCAAUGGUUCCGGUUCUAUUCUAACCGACGUCAUCUAUCAUGGAAAAGUUGGACUUGGCUGCAGAGGACCCAUCGGAAUCUCAGCGGCCGCUGCUGCAGAUCCUCUCAGUAUUGGAAUAACUCUAGUAAUCGUUUUCUUUAUAACACUCCUUAUUGCGAUCAUGGUCAGUUUUGUUGUCUUUAGACUCAGACGACAAAGUAAGGAAAAAUCUGCAACUACGGUUGUAAAUAAGAGUACAAACGCAAUUAUAACUGGUAAUUCCCUAGUUGGUUCUCCAGGUGACAACCUCCUGUCAAGACACGAAAACACUUAUAUAUCCGAUAAUUCCGAUUUACGUUGCGUUGGUCACCUAGGUCCGGAACUUAUAUCUAAAAAAUACAAGGAACGAGAGAUAAAUGGCACCGAGCACCGUCCUCAGCGACCCGACAUCAUCGAGAGGGAAGUCACCAAGUCUCCACCAAUUCGUGACGAACACCCACCACUCCCCCCACCGACUAAAAAUUCUCUCCACUCCCAUGAACAUAACCCAGAACCUGACAUGCCAGAGCAUUAUGAUCUCGAAAACGCGAGUUCCAUAGCUCCGAGUGAUAUUGACAUUGUCUAUCAUUAUCAAGGAUACAGAGCGGGAAUGAGAAAGUACAAAGCAACGUCGCCUCCAAUUGGAAGCUAUGCCAAUCAUCACAAGCACACCGGGCAACAGCAUCGACAUACGGCCCCGUUCCCACCCAGAGCAAUGCCACCUCCAGCGGUUGGUCAACCUCCAGGAUCGGUGCAGAAACUCCAUCAGAGCACACCACUGGCGAGACUCUCUCCCAGCAGUGAACUCUCCGCCCAACAACCGAGGAUUUUGACUCUACAUGACAUCAGCGGAAAACCUCUCCAGACUGCAUUGUUGGCGACAACUUCAUCGUCUGGAGGAGUUGGAAAAGAUGUCCUGAACUCCAACAGUGAGAGAAGUCUCAACUCGCCAAUUAUGAGUCAACUCUCCGGUUCAACUGCAAGCCGAAAGGUUCCUCAGUCAAAUGAAACGGUGAACAACGUUUCCUCGGGACCAAUGGGCCUCACUGCUGAAGAAAUCGAGAGACUAAACUCCAGGCCAAGAACAUCGAGUUUGGUCUCCACUUUGGACGCUGUGAGUUCUUCGAGCGAAGCAAGAGGACCUCCGACGCAUGGACCUCUUCAUCUACACAGGAGGCACACUCCACCGCCCGAAAGACUGAAAAGAAGGAACUCCUCGACUACGGAUGAGAGUGGUAACGAUAGCUUCACAUGUUCGGAAAUUGAGUACGAUAAUAAUUCUUUAGUUGAAGAUAAACGAUCUGAUGACUUAUUUAGUAAACCCGAAGAUGAGGUUCCCGUCAGAACAACUGAGUCGUCACCCUCCACGAAACCUCCCCUUCCGCCGAAUAUCAACUACGACGGAUUCGACAGCUCGUUUCGGGGUUCGCUGAGCACUCUGGUUGCUUCCGACGAUGAUCUUUCGACACACAUGGGAGGACUUUAUAGGCCGACGACAAACGGUUCACCAUCCACCAACACGGCUCUCAGUUGGGACUAUCUCUUAAAUUGGGGGCCAAAUUUCGAGAGUUUGGUCGGAGUAUUCAUAGACAUUGCCGAAUUGCCUGACAGUGCCAACCGGGUGCAGAGCACUCUCAGACUACCAGCAAAUAUUCCCAAACCAUCGGAAGAGUACGUUUGAAAAAUAUACUCUUAUUUAAAUUAUUCAAAAGGUUUGUUAAAAACACAAAAAUAUUUUUAUUUAAUUGCUCAUUUAAGAGAAUGAAAAUUAUUAUUUUCAAGCCAAGACAUGACUGAGAUUAUUUAAAAAAAUUGUUCUUGCCAUACAAUGUUCUCUAAAUAUGUAAAAAUUAUUGCAGAAAAAGAGAAUCGAAAAUUAGAGCUUAAAAAGCUAUUUUUUUAAAGUAUCCUGACAUCUUGUAUCAGGAUGUCAGCGAGUUUGUACAGUUAAUAGUGAAAAAUUACCUAAUUAUAUAUAGACUGUAAUUACUAUAAAAAAAAUUAAAUUAUGGUGCAAUGUCUUGUAAUUUUUUUUAUUAUUUCUCGAAAUAAUUUUCUAGAAUGUACAAGCUAGGUUUUUCUAAUAGUUCAAUUACUUUUUUGUAACUGUACUCAAAAAUUGUAGACAACAAUUUUUUUUUGUAUAUUCCCAAUUGCAGUGUAAUAUUUUUGUAUAUUAUUAUAUUCUUAAUAUUAUUUAAAUUACUAAGAAAUGUUUAAAAAAAAAAAUUCUACUUUACAUUUCUAGCCAUAAUUGUUAUCGAUAAAAAUAAACCUCAACAUCGCUAGACUGACUACGUAGUCUUUACGAUAUGCCAUGAAUUCUUUUUCAUUGCCUAUAUAAAUCGUCAAGUACUGUGUAAAAUAGAUUUGUUUGUAAAUAUUGUAUGCAAUUGACCUGUACAAAGAAAAAGUCUGAAUCAAGAGAAAAUGUAUUGAAUGUAUACGUGUGUUAAUUUACAAUAUUUGUAAUAAAUAUUAAAAAAAAA